AUGGGUCGUCGUCCCGCCCGCUGCUACCGUUACUGCAAGAACAAGCCCUAUCCCAAAUCACGGUACAACCGUGGUGUCCCUGAUCCUAAAAUCAGGAUUUUUGACCUCGGCCGUAAACGUGCCUCCGUCGACGAGUUCCCCUUCUGCUGUCAUCUUGUCUCCGAUGAGUAUGAGCAGCUGAGCUCUGAGGCGCUCGAAGCAGCUCGUAUUUGCGCUAACAAGUAUGUCACCAAGACAUCUGGCAAGGAUUCGUUCCACAUGCGCGUCCGUGUGCACCCAUUCCACGUUAUCCGUAUCAACAAGAUGUUGAGUUGUGCUGGUGCUGAUCGGCUGCAAACCGGUAUGCGUGGUGCUUGGGGUAAGCCCUACGGCACUGUCGCCCGUGUCAACAUCGGCCAGAUCAUCCUCUCUAUCCGUUGCAAAGAAUCCAAUGCUGCUGUCAUCCAAGAGGCUCUCCGCCGUGCACGGUACAAGUUCCCCGGCCGUCAGAAAAUCAUUGUCUCGAAGAAGUGGGGCUUCACGAAUGUGGCCCGCGAGGACUACAUGAAGCUCAAGGACGAGAAGAGAGUGGUACAGGAUGGAGCUUAUGUACAGUUUAUUCGUGCUAGAGGUCCCUUGGAGCAGAACUUACGUGCUCAGCUCAAAGCUUAG